UUCCCCUGUUUCUCUACAAAAAUCUCUAACCGCUUUAGGUCUCCUAAUUUCUGAAUCUCAGAGAGUUUUCCGGUGAGAUGCAGCAGGAGAAUACCUCAUUUUCCGCCCUCACCACCACCGAUGCUUCGCCGGUGUGUUUCUCUCGGAGCAAUCUGUUUCUCUCAAAUUCGCCGGAUGAUUAUCUCAACUCCGCCGCCUCCAUUUACUCCUCGCUGUUUCAGAAUUACACUACAGACGCCGCCUCCUUCGACGUCGCCGAUUCCGAGCGCCGCUGCCAUGAUUCGAGCAGCAUCCUCGAGUACCAGCAGCUCUACAACCGCUACACACUCUGCUUAUCGCGGCUUCGCGAUUCUAUCGAGGAGGUUGACGCGCUCCGCCGCGAGAACGAUUCUCUCCGUGUCUCCAACGCCGAUCUAUCUCGUCGCGUCGCCUUUCUCUUCUCUCGCAAACGAUUGCUCUCUGAAUUCAACCAUCUCAGCGUCUCCUCUCCCCCCGCCGCUUCUCCGGUUCCCCUUCCUAUUCCUGUUCCGGUUCAUGUGCCGGCGCCGCAACCUCUCGCGGAAUGCAAUCGCUUCGAGCGGAGGACUCCAGAGAAGACCGUACUUCCGAAGAGCAUUUCAGUGCGUUCAAAAGGUUAUCUGAAGCUGGUGAAUAGAUCUGGCCGGGAAACGAAUGUCCAGAAAACAGUGAGUCAACCGUCUCCACCUUCGCAGAGGGUGUACGUGCCAGGGGCAAAGGAGGAAGAAGAUGCGUUGGAAUUCGACGUCUACAACCAAGGGAUGUUCAAAACUGAAUUGUGUAACAAAUGGGAAGAGACCGGCGCAUGUCCAUAUGGGGAAAACUGUCAGUUCGCUCACGGAAUCAAGGAGCUGCGCCCAGUGAUCAGGCACCCGCGCUACAAGACCGAGGUCUGUCGUAUGGUGCUUGCCGGAGAUGCCUGCCCUUACGGCCACCGCUGCCAUUUCCGCCACUCUCUUACUGAGGAGGAGAAGCUCAUGGCGGCUGGGCCCAUGAGAACACCACCACCACGCUGAUUGGUAUGUUCUAUUGAAACUGGAUUGGAUUUUUUGACAAGUGCAUAUCUAUAGCACUGGAUGACUGGAUGAUCACUUUCGUCGAUGUGGAAUGUUGCAAGAGAUUGAUUGCUUAACUAUAGAGAAUAAGGAUCGAAAAUCUUGGUCAAUUGUUAAUAUGGCAUGUAUACAUGCAGCAUGUUAGACUAAACUUGGUUAUCCAUAUUGAUAUAGCUAUUCUUGAAACUGGUAGUUAAUAAUACUACUACAAUCAUUCUUGUUACACCAUUUACUCUAGUUACAAUAGUUUAUUUCUUGCCC